GCCAACUUCACGUUGACGCAAACGCCAAAUAACCGUUAAAAAUUUCAAAUGUGCCCCCCAAACAGCUCUCAAACACUUCGAUUGUGAUUGUUUACAAAUUUUAUACUAUUUUAUACACUGACUUAUAAUCCACGUGUUCGAUAUGUCUGCGGUGAAAAACAAAAAACGAAAACACUCAGGAGAGGCUGUGGAAGUCGCUCCCGAAGAGCCCGACGAUGAAUUAAACUGGUCUGACGAAGAAGGUACUGUAGUUGACGGUAUUCACAUCCCCGCGCCGGCAAAACGCAACGUUUCUGCCACCUCGAACGCACGUUUAAUCAUCCGAAAGAUCUCGAACAACUUCUUCAAGAGCUAUGCACAAGAAACGGAUCUGGGGCCCUUCUCGGUGUGUUUUAACGCCAUCGUUGGCCCCAACGGCAGCGGCAAGAGCAACGUUAUCGAUUCCAUGUUGUUUGUGUUUGGGUACAGAGCCACGAGGAUCAGGUGCAAGAAACUCUCGGUGCUCCUUCACAACUCGGAGAAGUACAGAAGCGUACCUUCGUGUACAGUCGCCGUGCACUUUUGUCAAAUCAUCGAUAAACCAGGGAACGAAUACGAGAUUGUGCCAAACAGUGAAUUUGUGGUGGCCAGAACUGCCAAUAAAGACAACAGUUCAUACUAUGAGUUGAACGGGCGGCGGGUGCAGUUCAAAGAAAUUGCUAAAUUGUUGAGGCACCAUGGGAUCGAUUUGGACCAUAACCGGUUUCUUAUUUUGCAGGGCGAGGUUGAAGAAAUCGCGAUGAUGAAGAGCAAAGGGGCUAAUGACAAUGAAACUGGGAUGUUGGAGUAUUUGGAGGAUAUCAUUGGCACUAAUCGCUACAAGAAACCGCUAGUAGAAUUGAAUGACAGGAUAGAAAACUUGUCAGUUUUGAGGACAGAAAAGUUAAACAGGCUUAUGUUGAUCGAGAAGAAGUUGGACGAACUCAAAGGACCGAUGGACGAGGCGAUCGUGUUUUUGAAAACGGAGAACACGAUUGCGACGUGCAAGAAUUUUUUGUAUCAGAGGAAUGUUUUUAAGUUGGAAGAAAAAGUUACAGAAAUUAAAGAAGACAAAGCACAAAUCAGCCAAAGUCGCAACAACAUCAUUGAAACGCUGAAAGAAAUCGCUAAACAAAAAGGCGAAAAAGAAGACACUCUAAGACAAAAAUCAUUAAAAUACGACAAACUUACCCGGAAAAAGGACCAACUGAAAGAGGCUUUCAACGCCGCCGACAAAAAAGACGUGCAACUGCAAGCAGAGAUGGUUCAGACUAACAACAAUCGAAAAAAGUACAAACAACAACUGGAAGACGAACGGAAAAAACUCGCCCAACUACAGAACGUUCCUGACGAAAAUAAAAAAACCAUCGUUGAAUGCGAAACGAAGGCAGUGCAACUGACGUCAGAAAAAGAAAAACUCGAAGCGCAAAAAACAAAACUCCUUGCCAAUAUUCGGGCGGAAACUGAAGACCUACAGAAAGAAAAAGAACGACUUGAAACCGGUUUGGGCCAACUCAAGAAGGCCGUACACGAAACAAAAUCGGCGUAUGAUUUAGCCAACGCAGAAUUGAAACUAGCUCUAAGCCAAGAAGAAACUGAACAAAAUAGGCUACAACAACUCCGCGAGAUGAUAACAGACAUAUCAGAAAAGAUAGCACAGAGAACUGAAGAGGUGGCACAAUUGCGACGAAAAAUCCCCCUGACGGAGAAAUCACUAAAUGAUGCUCAAAGAGAACUGGACAAUGUUAAGCGCGAAACGGUUCAAGUCUCACGGGAAGUUGGACAGAAACGGAUAAGCCUGCAAGAGACGAAAACUUCCAUGCAAAUGUCCAAGUCCCGUGGAAAAGUUCUGGACGCUCUGAUGCAACAAAAACGACAAGGAAAUUGUCCGGGACUUUACGGGCGUCUUGGGGAUUUGGGGGCCAUUGAUCAAAAAUAUGACGUAGCUGUGUCCACGGCGUGCGGUCCUUUGGAUAAUAUCGUUGUCGACUGCGCAAAUACGGCGCAGUGGUGCAUCGAGUUUUUGAAGCAGCAUGGGAUAGGGAGGGCCACGUUUAUUGCGCUCGAUAAGCAGGAGUAUUUGAGGGAACUGGCAAGCACGCGGAUUCAGACGCCCGAAAACGUUCACCGCUUGUUCGACCUCAUCAAAAUCCCAGAUGAGACCGUCCGUACUGCCUUUUAUUUCGCCCUUCGGGACACUCUGGUGGCCGACGACCUUGAACAAGCAACCCGAAUCGCGUACGGGGCCAGGCGUUACAGAGUCGUCACUCUUAAAGGAGAUCUCAUUGAAACCUCUGGUACGAUGAGCGGCGGCGGGAAAACGGUAAGUCGGGGCCGCAUGGGUCAGUCCGUCGUCGUGACCAACAUCAACCCCAAAGAAAUCCAGAAGAUGGAAACGCACCUAGGACAGUGCGAAGACCGACUCGUGGAACUAACCCAGAAACAGGCCACUCUAGAAAGCCAGAUCAACACCCUCCUGCCGGAAUUGAAUAUGAUGAAGCUCAACCUACAAAAAUUCAACGAGGUUUUGCAGUCUCUGAAACAGCAGCAGCCGGUGCUUCAGCAAAAGUUCAAGAACCAAGAAAACGUGGUGAAAGCGACCAAGUCCGACGCGAAGCAAAUUCAGAGAUUGACGGUGAUCGUGGAGGAGGAGAAGGACGCGUUCGAGGAAGCUUCGGCCGCAGCGCAAGAAAUUCAAUCGAAAGUUGAUAGACUGACGGAGAAGAUUAGAGAGAAAACGACCGGGAAGAUGAGGGCGGUGGAUAAGAGUUUGAAUGAGGUGUCGAAGUCGAUAGACAAGUGCAAAGCGGAGAUUACGAGGUUGAGGGUGGCCACGACGGCGUCCGAAAGGAAUGCGAAGAAGUCGGCGCAGAAGAUCACCACUUUGGAGCAGAAUAUCGUCGACGCGGAAAACAGGUUAAGAGCGAUGAAAGAAGAAAGAGAGACCAUAGAAUCGGACGGGAGAAAAUUGCUCCAGUGCAUUGAAGAAAUGGCGGAGCAGUUGGAGAAUGGCGAAGGGGAAUAUGCAGAGUUGAAGAACGAGGUGAAGGCGCUGACUGCUGAAGAAAAGAAGCUGUUGUUGAAGCAAGUGGACGUGGAUCAGACUUUCAAAAGCAUCAACGAAAAGUUGAACGAAUGUAACAGUGCGAGUCAUCAGUGGACCGCAAAGUUGGCCCAACUCAAACUGCACGACAUUCCGGAAGACUCCUCCGAAUUGAAAACGUUCACGCCUGAGGAACUCCAAUCGAAAAACCCGGAAGUGGUUGAACUCGAGCUCCAAGCGGCCCAAAAUAACAUAAAAAAUACGAAACCGAAUCUCAACGUCAUCCAGGAAUACCGAACCGGCCAAAACAACUACAUGGAAAAAGCCAAAGAACUCGAAACCAUAACAACGAAAAGAAACGACAUGAAAACCCUCCACGACAAGGUGAAAAACCAAAGACGCGACGAAUUUUUAGUGGGCUACAACAUCAUCAGAAUGAAACUGAAAGAAAUGUACCAGAUGAUAACGCUGGGCGGCGACGCGGAUUUCGAAAUUCUGGAUUCGUGUGAUCCUUUCGCCGACGGGGUGCAGCUGAAUGUGCGACCUCCACGCAAAUCUUGGAAGGCCAUUUCGAAUUUAUCAGGGGGCGAAAAAACCCUCUCGUCCCUAGCUCUAGUGUUUGCUCUCCAUUAUUACAAACCGUCUCCUUUGUACGUAAUGGACGAAAUCGACGCCGCUUUAGACUUCAAAAACGUGUCCAUAGUGGGGCACUACAUCAAAGAGCGGACUAAAAACGCCCAGUUCAUCAUCAUCUCUCUCCGUUCCAACAUGUUUGAACUGUGCGACAACUUGAUAGGGAUUUAUAAAAUAUUUAACUGUACCAAAAGCAUAACGAUCGACCCCAGAGGCUUCGACGAUAAAAAGCAAGAACCGGAGAAAGAAGUCGCCGUUCAGAGGCACGUACCCGAAAGCCAGGAGCCCGUGGCAAGGGUGGUACAGAACGAGGAUGCGGUAGUCAACGAUUCUCUAGAAGACGCGAUGGAUGUAUCAUAGUUUUAUCAUUUAAUUAUAUAAGAAGAGCAAUGUAAAAAAAUUGAGUUUAUAAAUUUGUAUUAAUUUUUUCAAA